GGACUACAGUAUCGCCAACAAAUCCCAGCCCUUCACCAAAACCCUCAACCCUAACUGGCCUAUUGGAUGUCUCACAUGAAUGACAGGUUAGUCCACAUCCGAGUCCUGCCGUCAUAUUGCAACAGAGCGUCCUCAGUAUCGUGAAUCUUCUCCCAGCAUGAGCGACUUGACCCAGCUGUCCCACAGACACAACAAUAGCUCGGGGAACACGGCGCCCCAACUCACCUGGAUGGACAACGGCGUCGUACCGGAAUGGUUUCAUGGGGGAAUCACCAGGAAGUCUGCAGAGGAGCUCCUGACGUCCAAGCUGCCAGGUUGCUUCCUGGUCCGAGUCAGCGAGAGCAGGGUCGGUUACACACUUUCUUAUCGGGCGCAGAAACGCUGCAGACAUUUCAUGAUCGAGGCCAAAGGCGACUCCUUCGCCAUCGUGGGCGAGCACAGGAGUCACCCCGGUCUACAGCAGCUGGUGGACUUUCACAGGAAGGUUCCCAUCGCUCCAUACACAGAGGUGCUGAUGACCUCUUGUGGACAGACCUCGAAUGGUGGAAACAUUGAGAAGAAUUUAGAGAAUUGUAAGCAGAUCCCUCAAGCAGCAGAAGAGGUCAUCCCUCCUCAAGAUGAAGUGAGAAGCCAAACACUUCCAGUCAAGCCUGUGCCAAAAAGCAGGAAGAGAUACACCACCGACAAGAAGCCCCCUCCCGAGACCACGCACACACCUGCACCGCCCUGUCAGAAACUCCCGGCAGGUAAACGCUCCUCGGAGACGACAACGGAGAGCGAGGAGAUGACAUGGGAGCAGCUCUUUGAUGCCGUGCUCCUUCCUUACAUGGAGGAGAGCGAGAGACUCCCGCAGGAGUACAACCCUCCUCCGCCCUUUGCACCAAAUUACCUCAAAGCAGGCCCUUAAUGGACAAGACAAGAAUAACAAACUGCAAAGCAGGCCCUUAAUGGACAAGACACGAAUAACAAACAACAAUGCAGGCCCUUAAUGGACAAGACAAGAAUAACAUACUGCAAUGCAGCCCUUAAUGGACAGGACCAGAAUAACAAACAACAAUGCAGGCCCUUAAUGGACAGGACCAGAAUAACAAACCACAAUGCAGGCCCUUAAUGGACAGGACCAGAAUAACAAAACACAAUGCAGGCCCUUAAUGGACAAGACAAGAAUAACAUACUGCAAUGCAGCCCUUAAUGGACAGGACCAGAAUAACAAACAACAAUGCAGGCCCUUAAUGGACAGGACCAGAAUAACAAAACACAAUGCAGGCCCUUAAUGGACAAGACAAGAAUAACAAACCACAAUGCGGGCCCUUAAUGGACAAGACAAGAAUAACAAACCACAAAGCGGGCCCUUAAUGGACAAGACAAGAAUAACAAACCACAAAGCAGGCCCUUAAUGGACAAGACAAGAAUAACAAACUGCUCACUGCCCUGGACGUCACCUGAAGGUUUUGUUCCCCAACCUGCAAAAUGUGAACGCUACGCCAACUUUUGAGAGCGCCUCAUCUCAACAUCCGCCAUCUUUAUGAAAUGCAUUGACGUGACGUGCAUGAGAUGCUCGUGUUUGACUUUCAGGUGGACGAAUUCAGCAAGUCAUUAUUUAUACAUCUUAUUUUCUUUCCUUUAUGAUGGACACCAGACAAGUGUAUUCAGCUUGUAGGGUUAACAACACUUAUUGUCGCCUCUAUUUUACAUAUAUUUGACAUUAUUUUACUUGCGUUACGCAGAACUGACUUUUAACAAAAUGGAGUCAACUACGAACACCUAUUAAAAUAUUAUAGAAGUGUUUUUUGUAGAAAAUUGAAUACAUGUAAAUAAAUUAAUUCAAUGUGAAAUCAAUGUAUAUUUCAAAAUAAAAAUAUAUAUCAUUUAAAUAAAGUAUAUUUCCUGCCCUUUUUUAAUGAACACUGACAUUUAUAUUAUUUAGUGUCAAUUUUAUGCAUUUUAAUCAUCAAAAUUCAAUUCAAGAAAUAUAAAUAUUAAUACAUGAUUAAAAAGGCAAUGAAAUGUAUGGAUGUAUUAACAUUUUAGUAACAUAUUUUUAUUUAGAUUAUUUUUGGCACAACAACCCUCCAUUAUUUCAUAAGGUUGCAGUUAUAAGUACAAUUAUUGUUUAUUUAUACACCUUGUUUUUGAAACCGCCCUGCGAUGAAGUGGCGACUUGUCCAGGGUGUACCCCGCCUUCUGCUCGAUUGUAGCUGAGAUAGGCUCCAGCGACUCCAAAAGGGACAAGCGGUAGAAAAUGGAUGGAUGUUUUAUAAACCCCUCCAUUAUUUUGUAGUUUGUGUUUAUAAUUACAAUAAUUGUGUGAAUGCUCCAAAGCAGUAUAUUAUAUAAGUAUUUCAGUACAUCAAUACUUAGUUUCUUCUAAAGAUACUAUAUAUAAGUGUUUCUGUUCUUGUACUGUAGUACAUCAAUACUUAAGACUUUCUCCUAAAGGUAGUAUAAUCUAUGUAUUAUUUCAGUACAUACACUUUCUUCUAAAGAUAGUAUAUUAUAUACUGUAAGUGUUUGCAUCCUUGUACAUCAAUACUUACACUUCUUCUUAAGGUAGUAUAUUAUGUAAGUAUUUCAGUACAUCAAUACAUACACUUUCUAUAUUAGAUGUAUUUCUGUCCUUGCACAGUAGUACAUCAAUACUUACUUGACUGCUACUCUACUCCUGCAAAGGUAUGUUGUCAUCACAAUGACCCUGGGACUGACUAUUUGCUGUCCUUCUAAGCGCAAGUGUAAUGAAUAUGUCGGCAUGCAUUUGUAAAAAAAAAAAAAAAAAAAGAAAAGAAAAUAUAUA